AUGCCUAAGGUUCAGCCUGUCUGUCGUAACCGUACGCAAAACUCAACUACUAAGCGCCGUGCUUGUGCUGACUGUGUAAAGGAGAAGAAUUUAGAAAUACCUUUUCGCUGUAAGCGCUGCAAGGAGAAGAACCUUCGUUGUUUCGUGGAUACUGCGUCUAGUCGCUGCGCUAGUUACAUUUCGGUGUCCGCGGCUUGCAGCUUGUUUAUAACUAAGGAAGAGUGGGAGAAAGUUCAGCGAGAGAAGCGCGAGAAGCGUCUUAAGCUAGCUCGCAUCGAGGAGGAGGCUGCCCGCGUUCGUCAGGAGCUCCUAGAGGUUAAGGCGCAAGAGCACUCAUACGCUAAUCGAGAUCUUGCCAUCCUGAAUUUCCAGGAUCGUGCGAAAGAGCAGGCCAAAGGGGAUUCUGCCCCGGGUACAGACCUUCUAGCAACCAAACCAUCGCUACCCAGAUCGUUGACUAACUUAGGCUAG